AGUCCGCUCUUUUUUCUUUUGUGCCAAGUGUACGGAAACCGGCAAAAUCACCUGUUUUGUUUAGACAAUGCAAUUUGUUCGUGUUUGAAAUUGUGUGAAAAAAUUCAUUCCGAAAUUUGGAUAAAUUAUUUAAAUUCCGUAAAAUCAAAUUGUCAAUUGAUUCACCAAAGCAAAAAAAUCGUGUCAAACAAAAGUACGUGCGAUAGAAAAAAAAUACAAGAUCCGUUUACGACGACCACUUCAAAGGAAAAAAAAAACAACGAAAAAGAGUUUUCGACAACUGCUUGUACCAACAAAAUGGGCGAAUGGACUGACGCAAUUGCUGUGUUGAUAUCAAACAUUGAAAGUGAAACUAAAUUCACACUGAGCAACAUUAAUGACGACUUCAAGCAUUCGAAUCCGCCUUUUGACUACAAUUUUCGUGAAAAGUUGCUGAACCUCAUAAAUAGACGCGUAUGCAAAGUGUACGACGAAUUUGUACUGUAUUUGGAGUUAAAGAGACUGAACGGUGAACGAAAACUAAGCGCAAAGGAUGAUGCGAUCGCUUCAUUUGCAGAUUGGGAACAAUCGACGGGAUGGAAAGUGAUUCCAUCGCAGAAAAGAAAGAAUCAAGACGAAAUCGACACCGGCAACCAAACAUUUUUGAUCAAAAGACCUCGGUUUGAAGUAUACGAAGAAAGUUCUGGCGAUUCAAGCGAUGAAGAAAUAUUCGAGAUCUCGGAUGAAGAGACCGAUUUGUUUGACAAAGAGAAUCUGAUUUCAACAAAUUCUGUAGCCGAAACCACCGUGCAGUCAUCAGUUGAAAAAAUUGCGGGUCGCCCGAGUGAAUCAAAAUUGGCCAAAUCAACAGACUACCGAAAAAUUGCUCUCGCCUUUACACCAAUUGACAAUGGAAAUCAGAUCACCGCCGAAUCAUUUGCUGAUCGGGUUUCGUCCCAGCGACUAAAUCGAAUCUUGACACAAACUUCAACUCCAUUGCCCGUUCCCACCAAAUCAGUGCAACCUUCAAUAGCAUCGAUUGGCAAUCGUGAUUCUUCUUCUACUCCUGUCUCAUCUCGCAUUACCUCAUCCAUUUCUCCUACAUCUUCUCACAUUCCACCUUUAGCUCCAAAAACUCGUGUGGCUCCAGCUACCGCUUUGACUGAACCAAGCAAACUGGAAUCAGACACUUCAACAACAAAAGAUGUUUCACCAGCAAAUUGACAACCAGAGCUAGUAUCAUAUCGAAUCAAAACAAUGACAAAAUCGAAUCUAUCGAAACUUCAACCGAUAUGACGACACCGAAUGAAACAUCAAUGUCAACAAGCACGGCGCCGAAUGGCAAAAAGAAAUUCACAUGUGAUCACUGUGAAUACAUCACUGACCGCAAAUACCGAAUUGUUAGACAUGAAGAAACUCAUAAAAAACGGCCAUUCCAAUGUCCAUCAUGCGUGAAAAAAUUCCCAUCAAAUGACUUACUUGAAUUGCAUCAGAUGGAACACGAGAAUCCAAUUGAUGCACUAUUCUGUGAAAUAUGUCAGAAGAAGUUUUCAACGCAAUUCAAUCAAAGGAGACACAUGCAAACUAUACAUAAGUAAGACAAAUGGAAUCUUGACAUUUUUAUUUGAAUUCAUUUUUGCUAGUGUGUUUUAUGUAAAUUCAUCGUUUCGUGUUCAAUUAUUCAAUAAGAAAAUCUUCUCAGUCCCGUUUUUAUGUUUAUUGAUAAGAAAAAUAAAAAUUAAAAUGCGAAUUAUUUGCCGAUGACGAUAGAUUUAUAAUAAUAAAAAUCUAAAAAAUAUAAUUUAUAUUGAGUCACUGUACAAAUGUGUGAGAAUGAGUCAUUCAUUGUUACUUGAAGCACUUGUUUCGAUAAGAACAAAAUAUCUUUUAAAUAAAACAAAAUAUUUCAUUCGAAAUGAAUGAAAUUUUCGCAUUGUGACUUUGAAUCAUUUCCAUAUCAGAAUUUAUUUUUACAUUUGCAGUACGAGUUGUUGGCUGGAGUAAGUCAUGUUGAGUUCACUACCACAAACGAAAUUAUAAUUCGAUCGGAUUCAAUCAAAAUUGGAACAAAUUGAACGGAACAUCAAGACUAUUCCCACUGAAAAGAAAACAAGGGAGGCACAUUUGUUUGGGAUUUGUUGAAUAUGAGAAAACAAAAUAAUUCAGUGUUACUUCUCUCGUGGUGGAUUAUUGUUUUUGGUGAUUGUAUUGGAUCGAAUUCUGCAAAUACUGAAAUGCUCGGGUGUGAUUUUAAGAGUGAAAAUAAGACUUUGAUUUGGGUCUAUUGCGAUAAUCGAUUUGGAAAACCGAUGUGCACAUCAGAGCUUCUGACACAUCCAAACAUAAGUAAUUCCAAUGUGAAAGAACUGAGAACAGUUUACUGUACGGCCAGUGGUUUCAAUGAAACGUUGCUGAGUCAAUUCCCAAACUUAGAAAAAUUAGAUGUGAGAUCAUAUGGAUUCGUUGAUUUUAAUAUCAGUAAAGAAAACCAGGAACAUUUGAACACACUGAAAAUAUUGAUCGCAUCGAAUAAUCAUUUAACAAAGCUUAGUAAAGAUUAUCUCCAGCCAAUGAUCGCUUUAACCCAAAUCGAUUUAUCACAUAAUAAAAUAAAUUCGGUUGAUAGAUUUACCUCUAAAAAUCUAAAUCUCAUAAAUCUGGCACAUAAUAAAAUUGUCAAAUUGAGUGAUGACACAUUUUCAGAACUACAUUUACUAGAAAAUUUGGACUUGAGUUGUAAUGCUAUUGAAACGAUCAGCGAUCAAAUGUUUAUUAACAAAACAAAUUUAAAAAUAUUGCUUUUGCAAUACAAUUCUAUUAACACCUUUGAUUGCAGUGUGACAUUCCAGAAAAUCCUUACUUUGAACAUUGCGAAUAAUCAAGGGAUUUUGAAAUGUGACCAGCAACUAAACAAUGGAGAUCCUAAAGAUGCGUCAAAAAUCAAAGCAAAACACACUGCAACUUCAUCGAAUACGACCACAACUUCGAUAACAGUACUAAACCAAACAGAAAGUGUAUUAUCGUCGAAGUUGAAAUCAGAAUCAAUUAACAAUAAGUCGACAACUUUGAAUCCAUCGUCAAAAAGUGAAUCUGUUUCAUCAACAACAGAGGAAAUGAACACGUCACCAUUCGAGACAACGACUGGGCCAGAAUCUACCUCAGAUGAAAAAUUUGAAUACGUUGAUUUUGCAAUUGGAUUCGGUAGUGUUUUGGUCGUUCUAUUGGUGGCUUUGCUUAUUUGGGUUUUUGUUCGAAGGAAAAAGAAAGUGACAAUAGAGCUCAAACCAAUUAACGAAGAAAACAUAUACGAGACUGUGAAGAAUAAGCCAGACGAUGACUUCAUUUGAACAACGAUUCGUGCCAUUUUUAUCAAACACAUUUCAUACACGAUAACGUAAUGCGUUUGUGAAAAAAAUGUAUUUUCAUCAUAUUUGGAGAGAUUUUAUCUCCGGGUUUUUUUUUAUUUUGUUUUCAUGUAUUUGGUUAGUAAUAUGAUUGUAAUGAAUUUAAAGAAAUCCAAAAACAAAUAAACUAAAAUAAAUAGUUUUAGGCUCCAAC